AGUACUAGCCGUGAGCUGUCACUCUUGCAACUUUCUCUGCUGCUGAAUCUGUGACCCUUUUAAUGAAACCCAUGGGACUGUACCUGAAAGAAGAAAAAACAAGACGUUUUAUAGAAUUUAAAAACCUCUGAUAUUGUGCUUUUUUCUGCCUUCGCCCUUUCUUGAAUGCACCAAUUAUAAAAGGCUUUCAAAAAAAAAACAAACUUUAGUUUCACUUUCAACAUUGCAGCAGACUUGCCACACUUCCUGAUGAAAACGAUUGGAUUUGGACAAAUGAACUAGUAAUAUCUGGAGAUUGUGGAAUGGUCAGCUGUUGUGAGAGUUAAGUGAAGGCAGAACAUGAACCAGAGUUUGCCUUGUCAUUUCUACUUCUUUGUGGGAUUGUUGCCCUUUUGGAUACUGUGUGCCUCCUCUGCCAAUAAAUGUGCUGUUAGGCAUGAAGUAGCUGACUGCAGUCAUCUGAAGUUGGCUCAAGUACCCGAUGACCUCCCGGCAAACAUAACAGUGUUGAAUCUUACCCAUAAUCAACUCCGAAGAUUACCACCUGCCAAUUUUACAAACUACAGCCAGCUUACUAUCUUGGAUGGGGGAUUUAACUCCAUCUCAAAACUGGAGCCAGAAUUGUGCCAGAAACUCCCUUUGUUGGAAAUCUUGAACCUUGAACACAAUGAGCUGUCUCACCUUUCAGAUCAAACUUUUAUCUUCUGCACAAAUUUGGCCGAACUCCAUCUAAUGUCCAACUCAAUCCAGAAAAUUCAAAAUAAUCCCUUUAAAAAUCUGAAGAAGUUAAUCAAAUUAGAUCUAUCUCAUAAUGGUUUGUCAUCUACGAAAUUAGGAACUCAGCUCCAACUGGAAAAUCUCCAAGAGCUUCUAUUAUCAAAUAAUAAAAUUCAUGCACUAAGACCCGAAGAACUUGAUUUCCUAGGCAAUUCGUCUUUAAGAAAAUUAGAGUUGUCAUCAAAUCAAAUUAAAGAGUUCUCUCCAGGGUGUUUUCAUGCUGUGGGAAAGUUAUUUGGCCUGUCCCUGAGCAACGCCCAGCUGGGCCCCGCUCUCACCGAGAAGCUUUGUUUGGAAUUAUCAAACACAAGCAUUCAGCAUCUGUUCCUGAGCAACACACAGCUGUACAGAACGAGCAACAUGACUUUCACGGGACUAAAGCACACGAAUCUCACCAUGCUCGACCUUUCCCGUAACAGCUUAAGCAUGAUUGACGAUGAUUCCUUUGCUUGGCUUCCGCAUCUAGAAUAUUUCUUCCUGGAGUAUAAUAAUCUAGGGCAUUUGUCUUCUCGUUCCUUUUCUGGGCUUUUCAAUGUGAGAUACCUGAACAUGAGACGAUCUUUUACUAAACAAAGCACCUCCCUUACUUCCUUUCCCAGGAUUGAUGAUUAUUCCUUUCAGUGGCUGAAAUGUUUGGAGUACCUUAACAUGGAAGAUAACGACAUUCCAGGCAUAAAACGUAAUAUGUUUACAGGAUUGAUUAAGCUGAAAUACUUAAUUCUAUCCAACUCCUUCACAAGUUUGCGCACUUUAACAAAUGAAACGUUUGUAUCACUUGCUCAUUCUCCCUUAUUCAUACUCAACCUAACCAAAAAUAAAAUCUCAGAAAUAGAGGGUGGUACUUUUUCUCGGUUGGGCCAGCUGAAGGUACUUGACCUUGGCCUUAAUGAAAUUGGGCAAGAACUCACAGGCCAGGAAUGGAGAGGUCUAGAAAAUAUUGUGGAAAUCUACCUUUCCUACAACAAAUACCUAAAACUGACUAGCAACUCUUUUGCCUUGGUUCCAAGCCUUCAACGACUGAUGCUCCGAAGGGUGGCCCUUAAAAAUGCGGACAGCUCCCCUUCACCCUUUUACCCUCUUCAUAACUUGACCAUUCUGGAUCUAAGCAACAACAAUAUAGCCAACAUAAAUGGUGAACUGUUAGAGGGUCUUAAGAAGCUAGAAAUUCUGGAUUUGCAGCAUAACAACUUAGCACGGCUCUGGAAACAUGCAAACCCCAGUGGUCCUGUUUAUUUUCUAAAGGGUCUUUCUCACCUCCACAUCCUUAACUUAGAGUCUAAUGGCUUUGAUGAGAUCCCAGCAGAGGUCUUCAAAGACUUGGUUGAAUUAAAGAGCAUCAAUUUAGGAUUAAAUAAUUUAAACAUACUUCCCCCAUCUGUCUUUGAUAAUCAGGCAUCUCUAAAGUCAUUGAACCUUCAGAAGAACCUCAUAACAUCAGUUGAGAAGAAUGUUUUUGGGCCAGCCUUCCAGAACCUGAGUAGUUUAGAUAUGCGCUUUAACCCAUUUGAUUGUACCUGUGAAAGCAUUGCCUGGUUUGUGAAUUGGAUUAACAGUACUCAUACCAACAUCUCUGAGCUCUCAAGCCAUUAUCUCUGCAACACUCCGCCUCAAUAUCAUGGAUUCCCAGUGGUGCUUUUUGAUGUAUCGCCCUGCAAAGACAGUGCUCCCUUUGAACUCCUUUUCAUGAUAAACACCAGUAUCCUGUUCAUUUUUAUCUUUAUUGUACUGCUCAUUCAUUUUGAAGGCUGGAGGAUAUCUUUUUAUUGGAAUGUUUCAGUGCAUCGAAUCCUUGGUUUCAAAGAAAUAGACAACCAGCCAGAGCAGUUUGAAUAUGUGGCAUAUAUCGUGCAUGCCUAUAAAGAUAAGGACUGGGUCUGGGAACACUUCUCCCCCAUGGAAGAAAGAGAUCAAACUCUCAAAUUUUGUCUUGAAGAAAGGGACUUUGAGGCAGGUGUCCUUAAACUUGAAUCAAUUGUCAAUAGCAUCAAAAAGAGCCGAAAAACUAUCUUUGUUAUAACUCAGCAUCUAUUAAAAGACCCAUUAUGCAGAAGAUUCAAAGUGCACCAUGCAGUUCAGCAAGCUAUUGAACAAAAUCUGGAUUCUAUUAUAUUGAUCUUUCUUGAGGAGAUUCCAGAUCAUAAACUGAACCAUGCACUCUGUUUGCGGAGAGGAAUGUUCAAAUCUCACUGCAUCUUGAACUGGCCAGUUCAAAAAGAACGGAUAAAUGCCUUUCAUCAUAAAUUGCAAGUAGCACUUGGAUCCAGGAAUUCAGCACAUUAAAUUUAUUUAAAGACUAACAAAAGAGUAAGUUUCCCAAUUUAAAACGUUCUGUGGUAAGUUUGUUUCAUUUGAAAAUAAUGUAGAUCUGUUUAUUCAUAUUUAUAGGUGAUUCUAUUUUAUCACAGUUAUCUCUUCUGUGGAAAUAAUCUCCCUAUCUCAGACCUUGUAUUACCAAUUGACUUAAUUUGACCUCAAAUAAAUAAAUAGAAGAAUAUCCUCUUCCAAUGAAUACACAGUUGGUUACUGAGAUCCAUGACAACUUCAGAAAGUUUAAAAAUAUUCCUCACUGAAAGAAAAGUUAAGAGUUAUGUGAACAUUGGUGAUAAUUAUAUUUGGUUUUUGUUUUUAGAGGUACUCAGAAUAAAAGAUCAUUGUUUUAAUGGGUACAAUGCUAUUCCAAUUGUAAAAGAGUAAAAAUAUACCCAUAUUUUUUAAAAGUUCAGUUACAGUAUUUUUUGAAUUGAAAAGCUUUGUAUUUUAGUGGUGUCCAUCCCAGUGCUGAUUCUGUUAAAUGCUAAAUAAUAUUUUAAUGUACAGACUCAUGGUCAGAAAACAUUUGCAGUUCAUUUUUAUUUCUUAAUAAACACUUGUAUUUUCCUGCUAUUUGGAUUUCUGCUUAGGAAAUGUUAGAAGAAACAAUUCCCUGACCUAAAAGUAAUGCAGAAAAGCUUGCUUCCUGAAGGUUCACUUAGCAGACUGGCUUGUGGGAUCG